AUGGCACAACCACAAGGUUUUGUGGACCCUACUUACCCCAACCAUGUGUGCAAACUUCACAACGAAAUAUAUGGUCUUAAACAGGCUCCUCAAGCUUGGUUUGAUACUCUCAAUGGUACUCUGGUUCAAUGGGGAUACACCAAUAAAAAACCUGACAGCAGCCUAUUUUUCUCAAUCAAAAAUGGUAACUUGCUUCUUAUCUUGGUGUAUGUGGAUGACAAUCUCAUAACAGGUGCUGAUACAGCUGAGAUUCAACAUCUAAUAUCUACCUUGAACAACAGUUUCUCUCUCAAAAACCUUGGACCAGUUCAAUACUUCUUGGGUUUUGAAGUUCAAAGAACAACAAAUGAAAUUUGCUUGACACAACAAAAGUACACCACGGAUCUUCUGGCCAAAACCCAAUUACUUGACUCAAAACCUCAGUCCACACCAAUGUGCUCCACAACCAAACUCUCAGCAACAAUAAGUACCCCCAUGGACAACCCAACACACUACAGAAGCAUCAUUGGUGCACUUCAGUACCUCAUCAUGUCAAGACCCGAUGAUGCCUUUACUGUAAAUAAAUUGAGCCAAUAUAUGCAAGCUCCAACAUCUGAACAUUGGGGAGCCUGUAAAAAAAUACUCAGAUAUCUUGCAGGUUUAAUAGUACAUGGAUUGGUCUAUAAACUUGCUACUAGAUUUGACAUCCAAGGCUUCACUGAUUCUGAUUGGGCAGGGUGCUUCGAUGACAGAAAAUCAACAUCAGGGUAUUGUAUAUUCCUAGGAGAAAAUUUAAUCAGUUGGUGUUCCAAGAAGCAAAUUGUUGUUGCUCGAUCGAGUACAGAAUCUGAAUAUAGAGCCCUUUCUCUUGCCACUGUAGAGAUAAUAUGGAUAUAA